GCCUAGCCGUGAACUUUAGCAAUUUAUUGCAGUGUUUCUCUUAAAUAAAAUUUUACUUCUUGACGACCAGCGAUGUCUGGGAAGCUGAACAAGUUUGAGACACCCAGCUCGGCAAGCUCAGAUAGUGACUCGGAAUUGGCGCUAGAACUAGUGUUCCUGGACGAGGAUGACUACACACGCGCUCCGGCUUCGCCCACCACAGUGCCCAAUGUCAGGCCCUACCGCCCACCAUCUACUGGUUCAAACAUUAUGAAGUCGCCGCGUGCGCGACGCGUGCGCACGACUUCGAUGUCACAGUCAAAUAAACGCACAACCGCCGAGAGCAUACUCCACGCGGACCGACGCACCAUAUAUACGGCCGGCCGCCCGCCCUGGUACAACUGCACGGGGGGGCAGGAGGUCGAACCAUUUCUUAUCGGUAUUUGCGGCGCCAGCGCAUCCGGCAAGACCACGGUAGCGGCGAAAAUCAUUGAAUCUCUUAACAUCCCCUGGGUCACUAUCGUCAGUAUGGAUUCCUUCUACAAGGUGCUGAACGAAAAGCAGCACCACCUGGCGACGCGCAACGAAUACAACUUCGACCACCCGGACGCGUUCGACAUCGAGCUGCUCAUAUCCGUACUGCAGAGGCUCAAAGAGGGCAAGAAGGUCGAGGUGCCCAUCUACAACUACGUGACGCACUCAAGGGAGAACCGGACGAAAACAAUGUACGGCGCUAACGUUAUCAUCUUCGAGGGUAUACUAGCCUUCUACAACAUGGACGUGGUCAAACUGCUCGACAUGAAGGUAUUCGUGGACACGGACGCUGAUAUCCGGCUCGCGAGAAGGCUGAGAAGGGACAUCGUGCAGCGCGGCCGCGACCUCGAGGGGGUGCUCAAGCAGUACAUGACGCACGUGAAGCCGGCGUACCAGAGCUACAUCGCGCCCAGCAUGGCGCACGCCGACAUCAUCGUGCCGCGCGGCGGCGAGAACAAGGUGGCCAUCUCGCUCAUCGUGCAGCACGUGCACAAACAGCUACAACUGCGCGGUUUUAAAGUGCGAGAAAAGUUAGCGAUCGCUCACAUCGGACAACCCGUUCCUGACUCGUUGUUUGUACUCAAGGACACACCGCAAGUACAAGGUCUGCACACAUUCAUCCGCAACAAGGACACCCCGCGAGAUGAGUUCAUCUUCUACUCCAAGAGACUGAUGCGGCUGGUGAUAGAAUUUGCGCUGUCUCUACUGCCGUACUCCGAACACGCUGUGGAUACACCGCAGGGCUUCUCCUACACAGGUCGCAAAUGCAACGUGGAGAAGAUCUGCGGCGUGUCCAUUCUGCGCGCGGGCGAGACCAUGGAGCAGGCGGUGUGCGACGUGUGCAAGGACAUCCGCAUCGGCAAGAUCCUCAUCCAGACCAACCAGCAGACCGACGAGCCCGAGCUCUACUACCUACGACUGCCCAAAGACAUCAAAGACUACCGCGUCAUCCUCAUGGACGCUACAGUGGCUACGGGCGCGGCGGCCAUCAUGGCGAUUCGCGUGCUACUCGACCACGACGUGCCAGAAGAGAACAUCAGUCUCGUGUCGCUGCUUAUGGCGGAGAUCGGUGUUCACUCCAUCGCGUACGCCUUCCCCAAGGUGAAGAUCGUGACGUCAGCGCUAGAUCCAGAAAUCAACGAGAAGUUCUACGUCCUACCAGGGAUCGGCAACUUUGGCGAUCGGUACUUCGGUACCGAGCCGGCCGACGACGAAUGAGCGAGCGAGAUGGUUGCUAAACUUGCCUGUCAAGAGUGAGCGGUACAUAUUAUAUAUUACGCGGUAUUUACUGACUUCCCAGACUAAUAAUAACUCUAAUCCAGAAACACGGCUAGCAUAGUGGACAAAUAAUAAAUCCCACGACUAUAUCCCCUCACAAGUCCACCGGCCUAAGCACGGCAAACAGAGGUUUACCCCCAUUUUAUUAUGACACCUAAAUUAUUUUGAUAUUAUUUCCAACUGUAGACCAUUGUUCAGAGUUGAUAAUGCUGUGGCAGAAGAUACAAUGUUGUUCUUUCCCCGGGGAGGAAAAUGUCUCUAGCCGUGCAGAUGACAGAUUGAAUUUAGUAGUGCUGUCCUUAUCUACAGGGAAGAGCAGGAAAAGGACAGCAAUACUCAAUCCCAUCAGUCAGCUGAAGAUUUUGCAGUAGAUGGAUUAUUAUUAAUUUUGAGUGUUAAAUGCUGGCAAAAGAUGACGUAUUUUAACCAAAGAUUUAGAAGCUUGAGUGUUUUGGGCAGGUAUAUUAUGGUACCUACCAUAACCAGGUAUGAUUUUAGUAUUCGAAUGGAACAGUAGAGUUCUUGAAACGUAUCAAAAUAAUAUUAUAUCUUUUUUAUUAGGAAAUUAAAAGAUUGUAUCCUUAAUAAAUUCAACACACUGACACACACAAAUGCGUCUUAAGUUAUAACUGAAACCUAUUUUAAAUGGAUUUCUAAGUACAAAAUAUUUUUAAUUAUUCAAAUAUGACCAAACAUUCGCAAGAGUCAUUUAAAUCGACCAUAUACAAUACGGCAUCUUUUACUAACAUAUCCAUUAUAUAUUAUGCUAUUUAAAACAUUAUAUCGACGGCGAGGCAUUAAAAAUGGCGGUCGCCAACGCCUCUGUUUUGGGGAACGCUUUUGUCUAGAGUACAGGCGAAUAUAGACUGAAAAUAACUGACUGCGCGUUAAUUGCCUGUACAAUAUUUAUGGGUACAAUAUCGACGCCUACUGUGUUUUUUUCUACGUACGUUUUCUUAUUCGACCGCGUAAAAGUUAACUACGAUUUGUAUCGAAUUGUAAUAGCGCCAUCUAUUUACAAAACUGGGAAACAGUAUUGUCACCAGAUGGCGCUCAUGCGAUUCUAAACAAACCGAAGUGAACGCUCACGCGAUCGAAUAGGUUAACGUACGUAGAAAAACGCAAAGUAGGCAGUGUACAGAGGUACACUUCUAUUUAUUAGGUGUCUCCAUAUUUGUGCGAUUUCAUCUUUAUUAAACGUCUUGCCUUUUUUGCUUGCAUUAAUGCGAAGUACGUACUAUAUUCCUUAACUUGAAACUAAAAAUUAAUGUAAAUUCUAUAAAGUGUGUGGUAGGAAGGUGUUAUUUAAGAAAGCCAUAUCACCUUGUCACUUAAAAUUAAGUAAAGAUGAAGAACUUCACAACUCCCAAGAAACAAAAAUCUUUUAUAUUUUAAAAUACGUUACGUUACGUAUUCCUGCGUAUAAUAGUAACUUUGAACUUGUUGAGUUAUAUAAUCAUUAUUUUUAUUGCCCUAGAUAUAAUUUGACAUUUACUUUACCAUUAACAAAAAAUACUUUUCAAAAUAUGACUUUGCGUUCCAAAAAAAUUGCCUUUAAAUAAAUUACUGGUUUUCGUUACUGCAUUCGUUAGAGGCAAGAUGAAGAUGAAAGCGCACAAAUAUUGACACUCCAUUUGGUACAUACCGUACAAUUACUAUACAAUGCUAUAAUGCUUGACUUCGUAAGACUUAUUACAUUUGUAUUAUUGCAUUCUUUUUAACGUAGAAUUGCUAUGGAAGUGUUAACAAUAAUUAUAAAUCACUUUAUCUCCUAAUCUUUACCCCAAGUGCCGUAACACACAUAGCGUUUGUGAUGCGGUUAUUUUGCGUCGCGUUUCGGGCAUACAUCACGCUUUUUACGAUAUCUGCACCGAAAUAUAUGCUACUUUGCGAGCGUUUUUAAAAAUCUCGUGAAAACUUUUGCCUUUCCUGGAAUAAAAAAGCCUUUGUUACUCUCCGCCCACUGACCCAAUGCCAAAAAUCAUGUCGAUUUGUUGCUUAGUUCAUGGUAGUGGCGGUAAAUUAAAAAAAAAAAAAA